GCAUUCAUAUCCACAAAGAUUUUCGCUGGAAGUAGAGCCUUCGCCAUUUUUCUGAUACCCCUUUAGUUUGCGCGGAUACAUACAAAUCAAUUUUUACUGAAAUCACUUACGUUUUAUGACCAUGUGUGUCUAAACGUCGGGGGUAGGUGCCCCUCGUUGUAAGCAGUACAUAAAGCUUCAACAUUCGGAAAACUGUUCCAAUUAGAGCCGAUUCGACUUCACGUUUUUGGAAUUGAAUGUUUAUAAACAAUAUGGAUCUGUCACCAGUUGUGAAAUCGUUUGUUGCUGGUUGCUGUAGUGGAACAUGCUCCACUCUUUUGUUCCAGCCCCUGGAUUUGGUCAAGACCAGACUCCAAGUCCACGUUCCACUUGCUUGUACAAGUGGACGAAUAGGCAUGGUAUCAGUGGCUAAUGCCGUGAUCAGACAGGAGAAUGUGUUGGCACUCUGGAAGGGACUUGUACCGUCCCUUUCUAGAUGUGCCCCUGGAGUUGGUAUUUAUUUUUCAUCUAUCCAUAUGCUCAAGACAAAAUUUCAAUCAGACCAACAACGUGCACUUGAAUCAGUUGUAAUUGGAGCAGUUGCUCGUACAAAUGCAGUUGUUACCCUAAUCCCCAUCACAGUUUUGAAGACACGUUAUGAGAGUGGUUUAUUUGACUACAAGAGUAUUCCAAGAGGGCUUGCCCACAUGUACCAAACUGAGGGUUUGAGAGCUCUUUUUAGUGGAAUGGCACCAACACUCAUUAGAGAUGUACCAUUUUCAGGAAUAUACCUCAUGUUCUACACCAAGUUCAAGGCAAUGAUCAAUGAAAGGGUGUAUGAUGAGACCCUUCACCCACAGUUGUACUUUGUUUGCGGCCUGGCUGCAGGAAGCAUUGCGGCCGUCGUGACACAACCAGCUGAUGUGAUCAAAACUCACAUGCAGACAGACUCCAAGAAAUACAAGAGGAUCAUGUCCACCGUCCUCCAAAUAUAUCAGAAAAAUGGAUACAAUGGAUUUUUCAAAGGAAUUGUUCCGAGAACACUCCGAAGAACUCUAAUGGCAGCAAUGUCAUGGACUUUAUAUGAAACUGUAUCCAGACAAGUGGGUCUGAGGUGAAGAACUGUGAAAAUCAUUGAGACUUUUUUUGCCCAUUCAAGGAUUUUCUUAAAAUUUUGCACCAAAUUGGUACCAUGUGGCUCAUUUUUUAUAAACGUCUUAUGUUCUACUUGGAUUUUAUAUAUUGUGCGAAAGUGAUGAAUGUAGUGAAAAUGUGAGACGGCCUGUCUAUUUCAAUUCUUUGUAAUUGAUUUUAUAGUGUAUGUUAUUCCCACGGAAUAGUCAAAUAAAUAAACCAUGUGUAAAUGUG